AGAGCGAUGAAUGUGACUUUUCAAAACUUCGUUAACAAGACCCGGCUGAUACAAGGAAUGGUCAACUUUUGCAUCAUCGUGUACAUGGACAAUAUCCUGGUAUAUUCGGACUCUUUUCACGGGCAUGCAGAGCAUAUCGAGUGGACACUUGGAGCGCUGCGCGACGCGGGCUUAAAAAUCGCCCUGAAGAAAAGCGAGUUUUUCCUUUUGGAAAUCUCGUUCCUCGGGUACGUGGUGACUCGGGGAGGCUUACGACCAAACUCGCGGAAAGUGGACACAAUUCGAGACGCGCCCACGCCCAUGUCGCUGACACAGGUUCGAGCCUUUCUGGGGUUGGCGUCCUACUACAGCCGAUUUAUCAAAGACUUUGCGGCAAUCGCACGGAACUUGACGAAUCUUCUGCGCAAGGACCAAUCGCUAACCUGGGACGAGGAAUGUAAAUGGACCUUCUCCACUUUGAAGGAGGCCCUGGCCUUCGCGCCCAUCUUAGUUCGCCCGGACCCUGAGAGGCCUUUCAUCCUCAUCACGGACUGGCAGUCUGAAGCAAUCUCCACCAUUUUGGCACAGAAGGGGAAGGACGGCCGCGAACACGUCGUUGAGUACGCGUCCCGAACAGUACCAGACGAGCGGAAGAACGAUUCGGCACCCCAAGGAGAAUGUUACGCGGUGGUUUGGGGCAUCCAACAUUUUCACCCGUAUCUGUAUGGCCAAAAGUUUCUUCUCGUCACCGAUCACGAACCGUUGCUGGCACUCAAGAAGCUGACUAACUAUACGGGAAUGAUCGGGCGAUUGGCGGUACGAUUGCAGGAGUACGACUUUGACAUCGUCCAUCGUAAGAUGGAGAAGCACGGGAAUGCGGACGGACUAACGCGUCUGCACAGGCCAGGCAAGGUGCCGAAGGGUGAAGAGAUCACACCGUGGAAGGAGCCGAAGCAGAGUGAAGGGCUUGAGUACAGACAAGUGGCAAUCCUUUCGCAACUCAGCUUCUGUUUGGUGGACAAGGUGUUUCAUUGGGCGGAGCUAGCCCCAGAAGCUGAAGGGGGUGAGGUCCAGGACGACGAAGUAGAACUGUUGAUCGUGUCGGCUUGGCGGAUGGACACGGAGGGGGAAUUGUUGGGGAUAUUAUUCGGCAAGGUGGAAGAAGGCGACCUCGAUGCAAUCACGGACGUGUUGUUGGUGUUCUUAGCGCAUUUGGUGGACGACUUACCCCUCGACAUCCUGUCGAGGUGUGACGAGAAGCCAGAGACAGGCGUGCUCACUCGCACGCUUGCGCCGCAUCUUUUGUGGUCCACGUGUAUGGAGUUGGACGGGGAUAACUGCCUCUACCCGUCCUCGAGCCUCUAUCUUGAAAUCGACGUCACCGAUCUCACGUUGUGGGACCCUCUUGUCCGUCGAGGAAACACGCUUGGAACCAGUGACAAAGAAGAAGAAGAACAAGAGGAGGCAGAGGAGGAAGAAUCGGGCACUGAUCAGGACGAUCCCGAUUAUAUUGUGUCAGGGGAAGAAGAAGAGGCGACGAGAGAGGAAAGUGGAUCGGGAGAGCCGAGUGGUCGUCCCAGGCGAAGCGAAGAGGAGGAAGAGGCCGAAGCUGAGCGAAGGCGAGAGAAAGCGGAGGGCAAGCGGCCAGUCGAAGAACCCGAAAGGCCAGCAGCGGGCGCGUCGUCGACUCCGGCGUACGCCAUCUCCUGUUGCAGCGUACGACAGCGGGCGCAUCUACGGGUCCGGCGUGCGUGGUCUCCUGCGGCAGGGUUGAGCAGCGGGCGUGUCUUCGGCGGUUGUGGCAGGCGUCACGUUGUGGGGGCAGAACGAUUCCCAGAGAUGGACGUUCGCGGCAGCGGGCACGGUCUGCGCGAAGAGGAGAUCGACGCGGUGGCGAUGGCGGUUACUGCCGUCGUCGUGAACACGAUGGGCGACAUGUCGUCGUCCUCAAGCGACAUGCUGACGCAGCUCCGUAAACGAAGAGCGCUGUUGCAGCGCAUUGCCGAAGCGCCGGAUUGCGUGGCCACGUGUGAGGCAGUCGUCCAGCUGUGUGCCGCGCUGUCAUCUGGCGUUUUCCUGCGGCAGACCCCGCGUUGGUGGAUUAAACGACGGACUGGCGGAACAUGGGAGGAUCUCCGCCUCUGUGAUGACGCGACGGACGAGUACUACCGGCAGAAGUUGCGCAUGUCGAUGGCCAUGUUAAGGCAGAUUGUAGCCGCGUGCGCCAUGUACGUGGAGAAGAAGGUGACCCACUAUAGGAUGCCAUUGUCAGUGGAGCAGGUCAUCGCUUUCGCGUUGUACAAGUGGGCGUCAGGAGAGCCGUACGAGAGCGGCACAUCAGCCUUCGGCAUCGGCAGGGCAAAAGGACUGCAGGCCGUCCGCGACGUCACUUCGGCGCUGCUGCAGGCGUACCCCGACGCGAUCAAGUGGCCAGUUGGCCGUAGACGUGCGCAGAUUCCGCGCGCAUUCCGUGACAAGGGUUUGAAAUUCCCGAACUGCUUCCGCGCGAUUGACUGUACACACAUCUACAUUGACAAGCCCGCCGGCGCACCUUUGGACAACUACUACGACCGCAAACAGAAGUCCUCUGUGCAGGCGCAGGUGGUGGUGGAUUUGGAUCUGCGGAUCCUCGACGUCCACAUCGGAUACCCGGGAAGUGUGCACGAUGUUCGUGUCAUGUACAAUUCCCAGUUGUGGAGGCGUGCAGAAGCUGGCGAGUUGUUCAACGCAUCUCCGGAGAAUCUGCCGCACGGUGUCGUCACGCGAGGUUACCUGCUAUGCGACAACGGUUAUCCAGUUGCCUGUCCAUGGAUCGUGCAGCCGUACGGAGGAAUCGACCAAGAUCCUGACGAGGAGCGCUUCGACACGCGGCAGAAGGUGGCGCGGGGUCAUCUUUAAAUCAUUCCACAGAAGAGACGAGAACAGUCGACACAUCACAUAAAAAAAAGAGUGCGCUAAAAGCGCU